GGAGUGGAAGAGUCCAAUAGAGUAAAGGGGGGGGGAAAUCAGCGCAACCUAAUCGCUAUAGGGGUGCGCAUGCGCGCUACGCACCUCACCGCCCUCCCGGCCGGCUCGGGGCCGGAGCGGAGACAAAGGCGCCGCGCCCCCCUCCCCCCCCGUCCCGCCCCGCCCCGGUUAUAACGCGCCCCCCCUCCCGGUACCGCUCCGGCCCAUGGCUACGGCGGCUGCUCCAUGCCCGGGGGGGAGCCGGAGGCGGGUGGGGGGCCGGCCGGUAUGGCGGGAGGUCGGCGGGGAGGUAGCAGCGCAACGGGUGGGGUGUCGGUGAAGAUGGCGUUACGACGUGCCUACUCCAUCAAGGACAAACUCCAAGCCAUUGAACGGGUGAAGAAAGGCGAGCGUCAGGCGUCGGUGUGCCGGGCUUUCGGGGUGCCGGGGGGUACGCUGAGGGGCUGGCUGAAGGACGAGGCCAAGCUACGGUGGUUCCUGGAGCAGCUGGGGGGUGAGGUGGGCACCCAACGCAAGAAGAUGCGCUUGGCCAACGAAGAAGAGAUCGACCGCGCCGUCUACGCCUGGUUCCUCGCCCUCCGCCAGCACGGUGUGCCCCUAUCUGGGCCCCUCAUCCAAGCUCAGGCCGAGGCAUUCGCCCGGCAGAUCUACGGACCUGAGUGUACCUUCAAGGCCAGCCAUGGUUGGUUCUGGCGCUGGCAGAAGCGUCACGGCAUCUCCAGCCAACGCAUCUACGGCGAGGGUGGCCUCCCCGCCGAGCCCGAGCGGGCUCCUGCCACCUGCCCCGAGACCUUGCCGAUGCCGGCUGCUGAUGCCGGGGGCUAUGGUGACGAGCAGAUCUACAAUGCCAAUGUCACUGGGCUCUACUGGAAACUGCUGCCGGGACAGGCUGGCGGGAUGACGGCAACAGCACGGCGGCGGCCAGCUCCCCGCGAGCGGGUCACCGUGCUGCUGGCUGCCAAUUUGACAGGCUCCCACAAGCUCAAGCCGCUGGUGGUUGGGGGCCUUCGCGAUCCCCCCAGCCUCCGCCAUCACAACCAGGAUAAAUUCCCUGCUUGCUACCGCUACAGCCCCGAAGCCAGGCUGGGGCCGGCUCUUCUCCGCGCUUGGUUCUUUGAGGACUUUGUGCCAGGCGUCAAACGCUAUCUGCGCCGGAGCUGCCUGCAGCAGAAGGCCGUGUUGCUGCUCAGUUCCCCGACACCCCCCGCUGGGAUGGGCCCAGAGGAAUCCCCUCCGCUGCAGACGCCCGAUGGCUCCAUCCGUGCCCUCUUCCUCUCCAAGAGCCCUGCUGGGAGCGGCUCAGCCGGAGGAGGAGGCCGAAUCCCGGCCCCGUUGGAGCAGGGGGUGGUGUCCGCCUUCAAGCAGCUCUACAAGCGGGAAUUGCUGCGCCUGGCUGUCUCGUGCGCAGCCGGCAGCGGCAGCUCCGGUGGCCCCAUGGACUUUGUACGGUCCUUUCUCCUCAAGGACAUGUUGUACCUGGCCGGCCUCUCCUGGGACCUCAUCCCGCCUGGCUCCAUCGAGAAGUGCUGGUUGCUGGGGCUGCGUGCUGCCUUCGAGCCUCAGCCCGGGGAGGAAGAGCACGGAGACCCCCCGCAUGGGGAGGAAGGUGGUGGGGACAGCAAAGUCUUUAGCGACCUGACCCACCUGGCUGCGCUAGCCUACAAGCGCUUAGCUCCCGAGGAGGUGGCCGACUGGUUGCACUUGGAUGAUGCAGCCCCGGGUAUGGAAGAGGGCGAUGGGGAAGAGGACGCUGAGGAGGAAGGCCCCCGGGGCUGCGGGCCAGAGGAGGAGGAGGAGGAGGCAGCUGUCCGAGAUGGGCGUGGCAGAAGGGGUGAGGAGGGAGGGGAUGCCUUGCUGCCCACGGCUCGGGAAGCCAUCAAAGGUCUGGAGACAGCGCUGCGCUGGCUGGAGGGUCAGGACCCCCGGCAAGUGGGGCCGCUGAAGCUGGUGCAGCUCCGCUCCCUCAUCAGCAUGGCCCAGCGGCUGCACCGUGGCGGCAGCCCCCAUUCCUAGGGCAGGGUGACCCGUGACCUCUUGGCUACCAACCACCCCGCUUGGGGUGGGAGGCACGGGGCUGGGGACACCCUGGUUGUCCCAGGGGGCUGGUGGUGGAGGUGCCAGCUCCCCUCACCCCUCCGUCACGGGCAGUCCCUGGGGCUGCAGAGGCCCAAAUGGCCUUGGGUUAUCGUGCCUAAGGGAGCAUUACAAUUUAGGGCUAAUGGGGGUUUUUUGUGCAACAACCCCUCCGUACGUUGCGUAUUUGAGGGUUGUUCCUCACCCUAAGGAUAUUUAGGAGGUGCUAUUUUUUAAAUCCCAUGAGACUGAGGAGGGGUGGCCCUCUGGUCACUGGCACACCUAGAAGGGGGUGGAUGCCCCCCAUGCUGCCCAGUCCCCCCGACCCCAUGGGGAGAAGGGGUGAGUGAGGGAUCUGCUCGGCAUCACUGUGAGGAGCCGGGGUGAUGGGGGAAGGUACGCUAAGUAAUUCCUGACAUCUCGGAGUGGGGCUGCGGUCAGCACAGCCAGCUGGACAGGGACCACUCCUGGGGUGCUGUAAAGCAAACAUUCUGCCCUGGAAGAGGCUGGUGAUGCCCUUCCCACUGCCAAAAAGGAGCCCUGUUAAGCUGGGGAGGUUUGGGGUUGAUUUAAGAAAACUUUCUUCAUGCACUGGAUUGGGACAGGGACACUUACGUGGCAUCCAAGAAGCUGUGGCUCCCUCGAGAGGGUCACCUCCUUCAGUCCCAUGACAGCCCCACGCCCAGGAACACCCAGACCACGGAGACCUACUGAAACAGGUACCAUCAUCCAAGCAUCCUUGCGAAGCCGAAGGCUCCGGGGAUGGGGAUUGAGGUGCCCCCCCGCCUUGGGGUUUGUGGGGUAGCUGGGGUUGGAGGACGUGUCGUGCGCUGUGGGGGGAGACGGCUGCCAGCGUGAUGUGCAUUGCGAGACGGGAGCGGGGAGGGCUCCCGGCACUGCCUUGAAAUACUGGAGGCAUCAGGCAUGAAUUUAGCAGCCCUUGACCUGAUUUGGAUUAAAAUUUAGCCUGCUUAGCAAAUUAUUGAAAGGAGUUAAAAGAAAAGAAUCUUCAUCAGCGCUGCCAUGCCCCGUGUCAGCAGCCAGGGUGGGUGUUUUUACUUGUUGGGUCUUUGUCUCAUAACUUCAGAGUUUAUGAAAAUUAAACGGAUUUUUAUUCCCA